AUGGCCGGCCGGCUCGCCGACUACUUCCGUAUAGGUUUUUAUUCUGUGGUGCAGCAAAGCACUAGCCAGACCCAAGCCAUCAUGAAGCACCUCCUACUCUCUUGCACCUGUCUCCUACUCUGUGCUGUAGUCACACCGGUGACUGCCGACAUUCUGCGUGAAGCUGAAGCUCUUCUGAGUUGGAAGGCUAGCUUGGACGGCGCCGACGAGUCCCUAAGCUCAUGGUCAUUGGCCAACUCCAGCGGCGUCUGCCACUGGAUGCACAUCAGUUGCAACUCUGCCAGGAGCACCAUCGUCAACCUCAACAUCAGCGGUGCGAGUCUGAAUGGCACACUUGACAAGUUCGACUUCUCGGCUUUCCCCAACCUGAACAAGCUCAUCCUAUUUCAGAACGGUCUGCAUGGCAACAUUCCAGAAGGGAUCGGCGACCUGACAAGCCUGGCGCGGUUGCGGAUCAGCAGCAACUGGUAUGUAACUGGUACAAUUCCCCGUGGCAUUGGCCGGCUGAAGCAGCUCACUGAACUGCAACUGGGAGGUUUGGGUCUUGAUGGUGCGACGCUACCUGAAGAGAUUGGUAACUUGACAAGCUUGACGAAGAUUGCGCUCUACUCAAUCAAUUUGACUGGAUCAAUCCCGUUAACAUUCGGGAGACUGAAGAAGCUCCGGUUGCUGAACCUGAGAAACAACAGUCUGACAGGGCGCAUCCCGCUGGAGAUUGGUAACAUGACAGAAUUACAUCGCAUGGACCUGACGCGGAACUAUUUACAUGGCCAGAUACCAGGUACAUUCUCUCGUUUGGUAAAGCUAAAUGGCUUGUUGCUGUCAGAAAAUCAGCUCGGAGGCGACGUCAUCCUUGAGCUAGGGAAUAGCAGCAGGCUGUCUUAUAUCAACAUCGCAAAAAAUAGCUUCUCUGGGGUCUUCCCGCCGUCCAUUUGCGCGGGAGGGGCACUGGUUACGGUCCUUGCUGCAUACAAUGGAUUUACAAGCCUUCGCAGCCUGACCUUUCAGAACUGCACGACCCUGGAGCACAUUGACUUCACAGAAAACAAAAUUGUUGCAGACCUAAUGGCUUGUUUUGGCAAGCCUCCAGAACAACUUCGAGGGUUAACUGUCAGUAAUAACCAUCUGUAUGGCACACUUCUGACAGAUGAUGGUGAGGUAUUCCUCUGCAACUCUACUAGGUUAUCACUUCUGGACCUAUCAAAUAAUGCCUUAAAUGGAGACCUCUCCAACUCCAAGUGUUUAUGGAACAUGCGGCAUUUGGAAUUCAUGGAUUUGUCCAGUAACUCGCUCAGUGGUGUAGUUCCGUUCUUGGCGACGCCUAACCGGAAUCUUCAGUCUCUACACCUAGCGAAUAACCAUUUCAGUGGAGCCUUUCCUUUGGUUCUUAAGAAAAGCAAGAGACUUAUCACUCUAGAUCUGGGAGGCAAUAAUUUCUCAGGUGGAAUACCUUCUUGGAUAAGCAAGAGCUUGCCUGAACUAAGAUUUCUUUUACUGUCAUCAAACAUGUUUGAUGGCAUCAUACCAUCACAGAUAUUACAAUUUCGUCAACUCCAGAUAUUGGACCUGUCAAAAAACAAGUUCACUGGACGGAUUCCAUCCAAUUUUGGUAACUUUACUGGCAUGAUCCAAGAACAGAAAAAUGGGAACGGCACAUACUGCUACCUGCCAGCAGAGCAGCUUCGUAUAGUCCUGAAGAAUGAGGGUUAUCUUUACAACUUCACGAUAUCGUUCAUAGUGGGUAUGGACUUAUCUAGCAACUUCCUUUCACAAGAGAUCCCAAAAGGGCUCACAUCACUUGUUGGACUCAGGUACCUAAACUUGUCAAGAAACCAUCUCUCAGGUGGUAUUCCUGGAGACGUUGGCAAUCUGGCAUUGCUAGAAUCCUUGGACCUUUCAGAAAACCAACUCUCAGGGGAAAUUCCUCCAAGCCUUGCAGAUUUGAAGGCCCUCGGCACUCUGAACCUCUCGACCAACGGUUUAUCGGGGAGGAUACCUACAGGCAGCCAGCUGCAGACAUUCCCAGAUCCUUCAAUAUACAGCAAUAAUCCAGGGCUGUGCGGUUUCCCGCUGCAGGACUGUGUAAACCCAUCUGCAUCAAACCAAAAUCAAAUGAGCCAGGACGAAGAUAUGGAGACACUCUGGUUGUACUGCUUUGUGGUAGCAGGAGUCAUCUUUGGGUUUUGGCUAUACUGGGGCGUGCUCUUUUGCAACACGACAUGGAGAUGUGCAUUCUAUCAAUAUGUCGACAACAUGCAAGACAAGGUAAUUGCCAAGAAAAUAGCUGCAUAUCGCACCUCCAAGCUAAGGCAUGAACGAGGACGUGCAUCACAAAUUUCUUAA